AAACUUAGGAAAUUCGCGGAAAUGGGUGUAGUGGUGGUGAAACGUCACCAGCUCCCAGCACCAUGCGAACAGUAAAGACUCAACGUGAUCAGUCGUCAGAAAACUUCUCAUGACUUGUGUUUGACGAAACAGCUACAGUAUGUUUAAGAACUGGGGGGACUGGUUUGGAACAGAAAGCGAAAACGGCCAAGGUAAACACAAAGUAGAAGAAGAAGAAGAAGAAGGCGAGUCCGUUGUUGAUGUCAGCGAGGACAACAGCAGACGUGAAGUAAACAAACCCUCGGCUGCUGCUGGAAGUGAAGAGACCGGUGCUGUCGACCCCCACCCGCUGCUCCAGAAGGCCAAGGGCUUCAGUGGUUACAUCUACAACUUUGCCAGCAGCGCCUCCAAGAACCUGUCCGAGACCGUGGUGGAAAGGGCACAGACGUUCAAGAGAAGUGUAGAGGAGGGGAAAAUAAAUGGGAUUAUUGAUAAGACCUUUUUGGGGGAUUUCCAGAAAGAACAAGAAAAGUUUGUUCAGGAGAAAAGGGCAAAAAAGUUUGGUGCUGCUGUGCCCCCAUGGGUCGGGUACAACGAAGAGGACACCGUACAGCAACAGAUUCUGGCUCUCUCCGCUGACAAAAGGAAUUUUUUGCGAGACCCUCCUGCUGGCGUGCAGUUUCACUUUGACUUUGAGCAAAUGUAUCCAGUCGCCAUGGUGAUGCUGGAGGAAGAUGAACUCCUCCGGAAGAUGCGCUUCCAUCUGGUCCCCAAACAGGUGAAAGAGGAAGCUUUCUGGAAGAAUUACUUCUACCGUGUGUCCUUGAUAAAACAGUCGGCCCAGCUCACAGCUCUAGCUGCACAACAGGCUACUCAGCGGAGGGAUGUCGAGAGAACUGCCUGCAGUCCUGAGGACCCUCGUCAAACAGGCGUAGUUAAAGGGAAAACCCCCCCUGUCAUUUGCAGAACCAAACCAAAGUCCAGUGAGGACGAAGAGGAGAUCUCCACCAGCCCACCCGUGUCUGAAUUCGUGAGUGACACUUUUGACUUGUGCAGCAUAAAUAAGGACGACUUGCGCAAAGAGAUGGAACAGCUGGUUCUGGACAAACGGGAACGUCCAAGCGCACAACAGGAGGAGACCCCGGACUGGGAGAGAGAGUUGCAGGAGGAACUCAAGGAGUACGACGUGUUGGCUGAUAACGAGAACCACGAUGAGAACUGGGACAGGGAGAUUGAGGAUAUGCUAAAGGAGGACAGUUAGAGCGCCGAGGCAGGCUCCUGCAGUCUUAACUAUUUGGAGGACAUCUGUACGGUCAGAAACGGCACCCGGCGACAGAUUUUAUGUUAAAAGAAGAGGAAGAUCUCGUCACGCGUCUCAAACUCAUAACGUACGCCUCCGCAGUAAAUAGAACCGUAACAGCAGCACAAGAAGACCAGUCAUAAAGUCGGCAAAUACAAUGUGAAUUUAAAUAGUUUUCGUUUCGCUUACGGAACAUAUAAGCACAAAUGCCAUUGUGAUGUUCAUCCUGAUUAAAAUGUCCAGAUAAUGAUUGAAUAAAUACAGCUGCCUAUUUUAAUAUCUGUAUAGUGUUAGUGUGUAGAAUGCAAUACAGUUUGUUUCAUACCUCUGAAGGAGCCUGGGCCUUGUGUAUUUUAUCAAAAUGAUACAUUGCGUGACUGAACAUACUGUUUAUUUUUGUUGUGAUCACAUGCAUUGUCUCCACCUGUAUGUAUAUGAAUGUAGAUGCUGAUAUAAUUCACUCUGGAAACAUUCAAGUCCAAACAAGCUUUGUGUUUUUCUGGGUGACGUCAAAACUUACUCAGCCAACUGUAUUGUAUUGUUCCAAAUGUAUUAACCUUUUAACCUAUUAAACUUUGGUAUCAACUUCCUCUAUUA